UUGACAUGGCACUUUAGCUAGGUUAGACCCUAGCCUCUAUGCUUCCGCCCUAGGCAGUCCCCGUUCACCUUCCGUCGCACUGCCCGCGCCGCUCUGCACUCUAACCUGCGCCCGUGCCCUAGCCCGCACCCGCGCCUGCGCCUGCCGCGCCCUACCCACGCCCGCCGUGCCUGUCGCACAUGCCGUGCUUGCCGCGCCCACCGCGCCUGCCCGCGCCUUCCACGCCUGUCGCGCCUGCUGUGCCUGUUGCGCCUGCCGUGCCCGCGCUCGCUGUCAGCCAACUAGCCAGCCCAUCAGCCAGCCAGCCAGUCGCCGCCAGCCAGCCAGCAGCAGCAGCAGAGGAACUGUGCUGCGUGGAGAGUCGCAGACUCGCAGAGUGUGUGCACAGCUUCACGCUGCUGUACCUGCCGUGGCGCAUCCACCAGACGCAAGACCUCCCUCCUAUCGUGCCUGCGCUUGACCUGUUUGCCUCAGGCCUCAGCCUGUGGACAGAUUCACAAGUGUCCCAACACACGACCCCACCCACCCCUUCCACUUCCCUUCUUCCCCUUCCCCUCCUCACUUCCCUUUUCCUCUUCCCGUCCUCACUUCCCUUCGUUUCCGUCGCUUGCCCUUCCUCUCUUCUCUCGUGAAUCCCGUUCUCCCCAAUGCCGUCCCAUGUGUGUCAUGUCAGGUGGUGGCGGAGAUGGAGCAUGGGCUGCGCACCAUGCUCAAGGUGUGCGGCUUGCGCAACCUUGCACUGUGGCUGGGCACAGCCGUUGUGGACUGCUUCGCAAUGUGGCUCUGCACGCUGCUCAUCACUGCUGUUGGCCUCUGCUUCCAGUCGUCCCCGUUCACUGUGCCCGCCCUGCCAGCGCUCUUGGUGGUGUUCGCUAUCACCAUCCCGGCACUAGUCCUCCCCUCCUACCUGCUCUCCUUCUCCUUCGACUCGACCCAGCUCGCAGCCGCCACGCUCUCCCUCCUCUUCCUGCUCCUCGCCGUCAUCCCCUUCGUCUUCAUGCUCCGUGUGUCCCCUGCAUCCUUCUCCAUCCCUCAUGGCCUGCUCUCGCUGCUCUCCCCGCCCUACGCGCUCAUGCCCAGCCUCCACUUCAUCGCAGCAGCGUACGCUCACGAGCCCCUCACCCCCUCCCCUCUCGACAUCUACUCCCUCUCAGCCACCGACUACUACUCGCUCCACUACCCCGCGUACCCCGUGCAAGUCUCCAUGACUUCAGUGGUCAUCGCGCUUGUCCUCAUGGCGCUGCGGCUGGGGCAGCUGCACAGGGACUGGGAGAACCAGGACGAGGAAGGGGCUGGGGAUCUCGCGGCGAUGAUGGGCCCGGGGUAUGACGAGGAGAGUGGCGAUAGGGAUGUGGUUCGGGAGAAGGAGCAUGUGCAGGAGAGUGCGGCCAAGUGGGAUUUCGUGCAGAGCGGAGGCAAGGAGGGGGACCUCGUGCUCUGCAGCAGCGUUGGCAAGAACUUUGGAGCCUCGUCUGGUGUGUGUGGGAUAGGCAAGAACCCGGGAGUGUGGACAGUGUCUAAUCUCUGGCUCGGAGUGCCAUGAGGACAUGUGGUGCUGCUGGUGGGUGGAGAGAAGGCCGGCAAAGUAGCGCUGCUGCCGUUGGCUACCUCUGCCUGUCGCACAGCAACAACCCCUCCAUCAUUGGUUACUGCCCGCAGGCCGACCGUCCGAGGCAUCGCAGCGCAUAGACGGGUGUCGCUCGGGGCUGCUGCUGGGUGAUCCGGCGGUGCUGCUGCUGGACGAUCCCUCGCAAGCCAUGGACAUGGCGAGUCGGCGUCUGCUGUGGGGCCGCAUUCUCUCCGACACCCCGCACCACGCCACUUUCAUCGCCACCCACUCCGUUGAAGAGGCAGAGGCCCUUGAAGUGUACCGUUUCAUCCUCCUCUUUUUCGCUUCGCAUUCAUAAACAAAAAAAACUCCAUAGC